AUGCCUCCCCCACCAUCAUCGCUCUCAAUCCCUCCGCCCAUCCCUGUCGACACCCACCCUAACCGCUCCUAUCCUUUUGACCAAGACCGGAUCCCUGAUCCUAAUCGCCUCGCACCGGAAGAUGCAUACUUUGCGCCAUCCCUCUCCAGGGCACGCUCGGCGCCAGGGAACUAUAAUGAGACUCUCCCCACUAUGAACAGUGAUGGCACCUUGCGACCCCCGCGUGGGGUUCUGGAAUCCGGGCGGAAAGAUCCGCGGAAGCUAGGCAGUACUGGUGGACGCCGGAGGAGGAAAGGAGCCUGGAAGAAGCUGCUUUGGGUGAAACAAUCCUAUCCAGACAACUACACCGAUACCGAAACUUUCUUGGACCACCUCCAACGGAAUCCCCGAGUGCGGCCAUACGAUUUCUGGCCACUGGUUUCUGACUCCACCGUCAUAGUCCAGCAUGUUUGUUCAGUCGUCAUUUUUGUCUGCUGUUUCGUUGGAAUUGUGCAGGACCGUGUAAGCCCCGUAUCAAUCGUUUGCUGGGGUAGUGUCGGCACAGCCAUGGGCUGGAUUCUCUGGGAUAACUGGAUUUGGAAGGAAGAGACGGAACUAUCUCAGGUGGCCAAUGGAAAUAUGGGCGAUGAUGGGUCCAGCGCAAGCUCCCUGACGAGUGCUGUCAAUCCAGCAGCCCAUGAUCCCCAUCCCAGUGACCCGAAGACUGGUGCUAUUCACGGGCUUGGGUUAUCAAUGUCUGGCAACGAAUCGAAAGAUAACUCGCCAAAUCGAAAUACCGAUCUUCAUGGAUCUUCGGAUACGGCAUCUUCAUCACGAAUCGGCGAUUUCACAUCUACAUCUGCCAUUCGCAACCCAGAUGAUCCUGAUGUCGACCGAGCUUCAUUAUUCUCUUCACGCAACCGACAACGCCUUUCCACGGUGAAGUCUGCCUUUUUAAUUUAUUUCUCACUGCUUGGGCUGAGUCCCAUCUUGAAAUCCCUUACCAAAUCCACCGCCAGCGACUCCAUCUGGGCAAUGAGCUGCUGGCUUUUAAUCAUGAAUAUAUUCUCUUUCGACUACGGAAGUGGAGAGGGCGCAGGCGCCACUACCAAAUUUCCAGCUUCUCUGUCCACGAAUGCAGCUGUGAUGGCGUCUACCGUGCUUGCAUCUCGCCUGCCGUCCACCACGCAUGUGUUCAGCCUAAUGCUUUUUUCUAUGGAAGUCUUCGGAUUAUUUCCUAUAUUCCGUCGCCAGCUGAGGCAAAAAUCCUGGACUGGUCACGCGAUGCUCACGCUCGCCCUGGUCAUCAUUGCUGGAGGCGCCGUGGGCAUGACCCUGAGUGGUGGAUGGGCAUCCGCCAUUAUUGGGUCUGUCCUUGGUGGUAUCCUCACGGCGCUUGUAAUGGGUGGCUGCAGCUGGUGGCUCAUCGGCCUCCAGAAAUACAAAAAUGUGGUCAUUGGCCCAUGGGACCCGGCCCGACCAAUCAUUCGAAGACACUGGAAUUGA